AUGACCAACAAAGCAGCCUGGCAAGUAGCCCCAGACUCCAAAACCUUCACUAUCGCCUCAGGCCCAGUCCCAAACCCAAGCGAGAACGAAGUGGUCAUCAAAGUCGCCUACGCCGCAGUCAACCCAGUCGACUGGAAGCUCCAAGAAACCCCCUUCGACCUACCCUACCCAUACAUCUUCGGCACCGACGUAGCCGGAACAAUCACUCAGCUGGGAAACAACGUAACCCGAUUCCACCUCGGACAACGAGUCCUAGCCCACUGUGACGGCCUGCUCACACAGAAGAAAACAAACAAUGCAUUCCAGGAAUAUGCCACUACGCGCGAGAUCCUCGUCUCACCAGUCCCGGAGGAUAUCCCUCUUUCUAACGCGGCUGUUCUCCCACUAGCCUAUUCGACUGCAUCAGCUGCGCUAUUCCAUUACCUUGGUUUACCGUAUCCGGCUAUCCAGCCUGUUUCUCUGGGUAAGAGGAUCCUGAUCUGGGGUGGGAGUUCGGCGGUUGGGAGUUCGGCUAUUCAGCUUGCGCGUGCGGCGGGCUUGGAUGUUCUUGCUACUGUCAGUUUGAGGAACUUUGAAUAUGUGGAAAGGCUUGGGGGGAGGGUAUUUGAUUAUGCUGAUGGGGGUGUUGUGGGGAGGUUGUUGGAGGUGCUGGAGGAGGGGGAUUUGGUUUUUGAUGCUAUUAGUACUCCUGAGACGCAGGGUGCUUGUGGGGAGAUUGUGGGGAGGAUUGGGGGUGUGCUUUUGACGACUUCGCCUGUUCCGUCGGUUGGGUUGCCGGAGGGGGUGGAGGGGGUUUUUGUUAAUGGGUUGGCGCCUGGAUUGAUUAAUUUGGAUGUUGGGGAUGCUGUUUGGCGGAAGUAUUUGCCGGAGGCUUUGGCGAAUGGGUCGUUUGUGGCUAAGCCUGAUCCAUUUGUCCUUAAAGGACUGGAGAGUGUGCAGGAGGGGGUGGAUCUUUUGAAGAAGGGGGUUUCUGCUCGGAAGAUUGUGAUUGAGGUGGAUGGGGAAUAG